CCCGCGAGUCCCGCGGCCGCGCGUCGCCCGCCCCGUCCGAGCCCGUCCGUCCGCGCAUCUCGGCCGGCCGGGCCAUGGCCAGCGAGGAACUGGCGCGCCAGCUGCAGCGGCGACUGCGGUGGGAGCAGGCGGCGGAGGGCGGCGCGGCCGGGGGCCCCGAUCCCGCGUCCGACGCCCCGGAGCCCCCCGCGGGCGCCGACGACGAGCUGAGAGCGCAGCUGAGCCGCCGGCUGGACAUCAACGCGGGCGCGGCGCGGGCCCGGCGCUGCCGCGUCUUCCACCCCUACUCGGAGUUCCCCGAGUUCAGCCGCCGCCUCAUCAAGGACCUGGAGGGGAUGUUCAAGCUGUAUGACACGGGCCGGGACGGUUUCAUCGACCUGAUGGAGCUGAAGCUGAUGAUGGAGAAACUGGGGGCUCCCCAGACCCACCUGGGGCUGAAGAACAUGAUCAAGGAGGUGGACGAGGACUUUGACGGCAAACUCAGCUUCCGCGAGUUUCUGCUCAUCUUCCACAAGGCGGCCGCCGGGCAGCUGCAGGAGGACAGCGGGCUGAUGGCGCUGGCCAAGCUGUCCGAGAUUGACGUGGCUCUGGAGGGGGUCAAAGGUGCCAAGCACUUCUUCGAAGCCAAGGUCCAGGCUUUGGCCAUGGCCAGUAAGUUUGAAGCCGAAUUGAAAGCCGAGCAGGACGAGCGGAAGCAGGAGGAGGAGAAGAGGCGUCUCCGCCAGGCAGCCUUCCAGGAGCUCAAGGCCACUUUCAGCACAUAGUUGGGCGAGCUUGUCUCCGACCCGCUUCCGUGCCUCACAGAUGCCCUCUGCGAGACCUGGCGGGCACUUCACCCAUGCCAGCACCCGCUUCCACCCCUGCCCCCCGGUGCAAGCUCCUUCCCAUCCUGGUGGCUGGGGUCCACUCUGCCCUGCGAACUCCAGCCGAGGCCUGGGGUUCCCUGCUUGUGCCCGCCCCCCGCCCGCCUCUGUAGCCACCAAGUGCCUUUUUGGCCCUUUUGGCCCCUUUGCUCUGGGCGCUGUGUGGGCGCUGCCCUCCCAGGUCGAGCUCAGAGAUGGGCCUUGGCGGUGGGGUCUGGCUGGACGCUGCCCGGUCCCCGUCCCCGUUUCCGGGGAACACGGCUUGACCUUGGGCUUCUGCAUCUUCUCCAGUCCUUGGCUGCGGCGGAGGUUCGCGGGGGGAGCCAGGCUAGCUCUCUGUGGCGUGGGGCGUGGCCUGCCACCCAGAGGACCCCAUCCCCACCCUCGCUUUUUCUCCCCUCUCCAUCCUUAAUUCCGCAUUUCAGCCUCUGUGCAUCCUAACUCUGCAAAUGAAAGGAUAAUUGUUAAACGUCUCCAUGAGCCGAGGGCUGGGUGUCUCCCCGCCCUGACUGUGCAUGUUUUAUGACAGCGGACCCCCGUCAUGGAAGCGACCUGUCUGGAACCCUCCGAACACCAGGGUCACGACCCCCUUCCAUGUAUAGCCAGUUUCUGCCUUGGCUCCCCGCGAGGGCUGGGACG